CAGGGUGGUGGCAGCGGUGGCGGCGGCGUUUGUCGGCUCGGGAUGGGUCCAAGAUGUUGCUCCUUCUCCUUUUGUUGGGGUCUGGGCAAGGGCCACGACAAGUCGGGGCGGGUCAGACGUUCGAGUACUUGAAACGAGAACACUCGCUGUCGAAGCCCUACCAGGGAGUGACAGAAGGUGGGAGAUUGAGUGACAUGAAAGGGAAAAACAGAUGGUGGCUCCAGCUUUCGGAGGAUCUGUGGUGGCUUUCUGAACAGGUUGGUGUUGAAGAAUAUGAACUGAUCUACUUCCUCCUCAUAGGUGUGGGCACAGGCAGUUCCUCACUGUGGAAUCUGAUGGGCAAUGCCAUGGUGAUGACCCAGUAUAUCCGACUUACCCCAGAUAUGCAAAGUAAACAGGGUGCCCUGUGGAACCGGGUGCCAUGUUUCCUGAGAGACUGGGAGUUGCAGGUGCACUUCAAAAUCCAUGGACAAGGGAAGAAGAAUCUGCAUGGGGAUGGCUUGGCAAUCUGGUACACAAAGGAUCGGAUGCAGCCAGGGCCUGUGUUUGGAAACAUGGACAAAUUUGUGGGGCUGGGCGUAUUUAUAGACACCUACCCCAAUGAGGAGAAGCAGCAAGAGCGGGUGUUCCCCUACAUCUCAGCCAUGGUGAACAAUGGCUCCCUCAGCUAUGAUCACGAGCGGGAUGGGCGGCCUACAGAGCUGGGAGGCUGUACGGCCAUUGUCCGCAACCUCCAUUAUGACACCUUCCUUGUGAUUCGCUAUGUCAAGAGGCAUUUGACGAUAAUGAUUGACAUCGAUGGCAAGCACGAGUGGAGGGACUGCAUUGAGGUGCCUGGGGUCCGUCUGCCCCGGGGCUACUACUUCGGCACCUCCUCCAUCACUGGGGAUCUCUCAGAUAAUCAUGACGUCAUUUCCCUGAAGUUAUUUGAGCUGACAGUGGAGAGAAACCCAGAAGAGGAGAAGCUGCAUCGAGAUGUGUUCCUGCCCUCAGUGGACAACAUGAAGCUGCCUGAGAUGACAGCCCCACUGCCCCCCCUGAGUGGCCUGGCCCUCUUCCUCAUCGUCUUUUUUUCUCUGGUGUUUUCUGUAUUUGCCAUUGUCAUUGGUAUCAUACUCUACAACAAAUGGCAGGAACAGAGCCGAAAACGCUUCUACUGAGCCCUCCUGUUGCCACUACUUCUGUGACUGUCACCUAUGAGGUGUGGGAGGAGCAGAUGCUGACCCGAGCAUGUAGCCUGGCAGGCCUUCUCCAGUCUCCAGCAGCUAGUCAGGGACUAAGUUCUGUCACUGGAGCUUUGAAUGCAGGGACCUUGCAUUCCCGUGGUCAUCCAUAGGGACAUUUGACUCUGGUCCAGGAAGUCAUCCACCCCAGGGCAAUGCUACUGUGAUGUGCCUUUCCCUGCAGCCCUUCCACUUGGGAGAGAAAAGGCAUGGAGAGAAUGUAUGCUGUUGUGAUGCCAAAAAUCCCAGAACAACAUUUCAUAGCCCAGCCUGCCUUGUUGUUGGACUCAGAGGCCCUACUACUUCAUUUUUCAGUCUGAAGAAUAGAAAACUGAUAACACCUCAUAUCUUGCAGCCAUUCAUUCAUUGGUUUUUGCUUUUUAUCUAAGUCUCUAUCCCCCUGAAGAGCUAUCUUUGGAAAUCGGGAUGGAAACUUCUUCCCUGCCUCACCUUCCUCUCUCCCUUCAUCGUCCUCUCCAUGUGCAACCUGAGCUGGAAAAGACAUUUGGAUGCCUCUCAGUUGGGGACUGGGGCUGCAGAACAAACUUAGGUUUCACUGACCUUUUCAGGCAGUCCUAGGGCUUUCUGCUUUGACUACCUGCUCCAGCCUCCUGGGUCUGUUGGCAUGGCUGUGGCCUUUUCCAAUCAAGUCCCUUCAGGCCCUCAGCAAGUCUGACUGAAAGUUGGUGUGCAAGUCAAGAGCAGCUUGGAAGACUUCAUGGAUGCCAUGGGAUUAACUGUAAAACUGACCAGCUCCAGGUUUGAUAUCGAAAGCAGCUUUUGUCACAUGGUCUGACUACAUGGAAAUGUUUCUGGACUCACUGGAGCCUGCUUUGCUGCAUGUUUUGUGUUUAUCAUGAUUUUUGGAAUCCCACUUUGACUGUUGAGAGUGUGAGGUAGCUUUCUUCUUAUAACUUGGGCUUGGAUACUCCCCAAAGAGGAAAUUUGGCUUCUUUUUCUUAAUGGAUAAGAAAAAGUUGCUGUUUUCAUGUUGCAAGUCUGGGAUCAAUAGACCCUCAUCAUCUGUGCCUGGAAGAGUCAGUUGUCAUUAAGCAGCACAGCCUGAGUGCUGUCUUCUGUGUGUCAGCCCUUAUUCCACUGCCUUAUCUGACAAGAGGUCACAUGCUGCUCACCUGUCUGCUCUCUAGUUAGAUUGGUCAGAGUCACCCUGGAGGGCCUGGAACUAUGACCUCUCCUAUGAACCUCUGUAGCCUAAGGGAAAUUCUUAAAAUGGCUGAUGGAACCAACAUGAA